AUUUACUAUUGCUAUAUUGCUUGCGAUUCUAUUAUUGAACUUCUUCUUUGUUUCUGAUCUGGUUUCUUGCUUGCACCUCCUCCCUACACUAAUCCCCUUCUUCGUCUCCUUCGAUCCGACUCUGCAACACAAACACUCAAAUACGUCAUCUUCGCUGGAAUUUGUGCUCGACAACAUGAAGGAAACGACAGAAUUUGACGUGAUUAUCAUUGGAGCAGGUCUCUCGGGUAUCAAUGCUGCCUACCGAUUACAAACAGAAUUGCCAGGCUACAACUACACGAUUCUCGAGUCGAGACAAGAAAUAGGAGGCACCUGGUCCCUCUUUCGCUAUCCUGGCAUCCGAUCCGACUCAGAUCUCCACACUUUUGGUUUCCCCUGGCGUCCCUGGCAGGAUGAAAAAAUCAUCGCAGAUGGUGCUUUGAUCAAAAACUACAUUAGAGAAUCCGCCGAGGAGUUUGGUAUCGACGGCAAAAUUCAAUAUCACCACAAAUUGGUUGCUGCUAAUUGGUCAUCUGACGAGCAAUCUGUAAGAAUCGUCAUAUUCGCUUCUGGGGUAAAGACAACUAAUCGUUUUGUUCAGUGGUCAUUGUCAGUCGAGGGAAGCAAGCAAAAUGAGAAGAACAUCGCAGAGGUCAUUACUAAGGUCUUCAAAGCCAAGUUCGUCAUUUCUAGUACCGGAUAUUAUGACUACAACACCGCGCUCAAAGCAGAAAUUCCAAACAUUGAUUCAUUCAAAGGCAUGACAGUUCAUCCGCAGUUUUGGCCUGUCGAUCUCGACCAUUCGAACAAGAAAAUCAUCAUCAUUGGCUCAGGGGCUACUGCUGCGACUCUCCUCCCAGAACUCGCUAAAACGGCCGCUUUAGUCACAAUGGUUCAACACUCUCCAUCUUACUUCGCAGCAGUUCUCACGAUUGACAAACUCGGUGAGAGUAUUCGAGGAAUGUUUCCUACAUGGGUAUAUUCGAAAUUUCUCCGCUGGAAACACAUCAUCGGGACACGUUCUGUGGCUACUUCCCUAAUGCCGCACGGAAGGGCCUGACCAAAAAAACUGCGAAACUCUUACCGAAAAGUGUGCCCGUUGACCCGCAUUUCACACCUUCAUAUAACCCAUGGGAGCAACGUCUCUGUGUCAGCCCAGAUGGUGAUUUCUUUACCGCACUACAGCAGGGAAAAGCCGAUAUCGUUACGGAUACCAUCAAGACUGUCAAUUCGACUGGAUUGAUUACUUCAUCAGGCGAUCAAAUAGAUGCCGAUAUAAUUGUCACCGCCACAGGUUUAAAGAUGAUGAUGGUAGGUGGUGCUGAAAUCGUCGUUGAUGGAAAGACCGUCUCCUUCCCUGAGACUUUCUUGUGGAGAAGCACGUUGAUACAGAAUGUUCCAAACGCUGCAGUAAUCGUCGGUUACUCUAACGCUGCGUGGACAUUGGGUUCUGAUACAGCUUCACAACUCAUUUGCAGAGUCUCGAAGCACAUGCGGCGGAAUGGGUUCACCAGCGCCACUCCUACUCUUGGCUCGACUGAUCCUUUCAGCGGAGAUGAUCAGUCUGUGGCACUGGAGUGGCAAGGUAUGGGUGAUCGAAAGAUUCUCAACUUGAGUAGCACCUAUUUCUCCAAAGCCAAGGAAUGCAUACCCAAGGCAGGUGAUAGGGGCCCAUGGCGACCCAGAUCGAACUACUUUUCAGACGCUUGGGGAGCUCUUUAUGGCAGUCUGACGCAAGGUAUCAGAUAUGAAAAGUUUGAGAGUGGCAGAAAGGAUCUUUAG